AAGAAAAUAAAGAUAUGUCGGGAAAUUUCUCCGACGCAGCUGAUGACGAGAUCACGAAGUUUGGAGACUCGAAGCCAAAGACGGAUCCAGUGGGGAAGGUAGAGGCAGAGGCUGAGGAAAAGGUAGAGCCAGCGGGAGAGGCUGAUGCAGACUCGGAGGAGGCGGAGUUACCACUAGGAAGACCGCCUUUCCUCCCAAUAGAUUGCGAUGAUCCGAAAUAUAAGGAACAGUGUGAUCUUUUCCUGGAACAAGUUGAUAAGUACGAGGGUUUUUAUAUGGACUUGGAUAAAUUUGACUACAAAUUCGCUCCGGUCAAAUUUGAAUGGGGGUUAAAGUUCGAUGCCAGACUCAACAAUAAGGACUUGAUGGAUCUUCUCAUCAAGACGGCAAUCGAGGCAAAAAACGAAGAUUAUGGAACACAACUUGAGUUUGUCGAGUACGUCAGUUGCAAUGUAACAGGCGCCCAAGGUUUUUGCUUUUACAUAACAUUGUGGGCUAAAGAUCUCUCCUCGCCAAAUCCGGAGCCUAAACUUUACCAAACAUUAGUGCGCAAGUUCCGUGGUGACUUACAUGUUCAUGAGUUCAAGCUUAAGCCAUCACAACAAGAAUGAUUCAUAUAUCUCUUUGAUGAGGUCGGUCACUCCUACUCCAAGUGCCAAGACAAUCUCCAACAUCAUUCUUGUUAAAUAAGUUUGUUUUCUUGUCUUGUUAAUAUGUAAACGGGUUCAGACUU